AUCGCUUCUGCAACUUGCAACAUCGACCGAACCCGACCAUAAACCUGAUAACGUCAAGAAGAAUAACUUGAACUACGCCGCUAGUCACUAUAGACUUGUCUACUUCUCACACAACGUCAACAACAAUAACAAUCGCAAACAUGUCCCUCCGCAUCGUCCCCGCCGACGCCCACCUCACCUCUUUUACGCACAACCCCUCGCACAAUACUAGUGCUCCGUCAGCCCCAGGACUCCACGACACGCUCCGCGCAGGCGUCGGCCCGUCCCCCUUCGACAUCGCCGACAACAAACCCCAGUCGGCACACCCGCUCGAUUCGCGCCUCAAGUCUUGGGAAGCGACGCGCGAGGCGCUGCGCAUGGAGACGCUGCGGCGCGCCUACGGCGUCGCGGAGCCCGUGCGCCGGCAGAUGGAGCUCAAGAUCACGCGGGAGGGUGAGUGGAAGCCCAUGGUUCUUGGGGGCGGUGGUAGCGGGAUGGGGAGCGUGCAUGAGGAGAUUCUUGCCGGUCGGGACGAUACGAUUACGUGGGAGGAUGUGUUCACGGGGGAGGAGAUGAGGCCUGUGGUGGGCGUGCACGAGGAGAUGGAGAGGAAGGUCAACAUGUGAGGGGGACAUUUGCAUGUAGUGAAACGGAGGGAGGAUACCUGCGGAGCUAGUGGUGGGCAAGGACACAUCGAGUGGAGGGACAGGUUGCUGAGAAGCGUGAGCCGGUAAGUCCGUGGGAGCUGGACAAUACGGGCGGAGGUCAGAUUCGAGCAGGGUCCAGCGUCAUCAGCAUACGGUGGAAUAACCGAGGAGCUUUGCGUGUGCUGAAUCGUCAGAAAACAAAUCCUUGCUCUGCAGCCGCACAGGUGACUCCAAGUCUCUACCCAGCCCCUGAUGAUCAGUGACAUUUGCACUAAACACCUAAUCCGCCGAUCGAAACAAUCUCGAAGCGAUCGCUGGGGUGGCCCACAGGCCGCCCUUCGUCAUGUAUUUGAGACUUCAGGAUAAACCAAAAACAACACGCUGCGCCAGGCCCGCCCCUUAACCAUGUACAUCGAAUAGAGCUUUCUCAUGUAGACAACCGCUGGCCUGCUCC